CUCAUUCCCCUGCAUCCGACACGUGUCCUCUGCUCCUCUCCGCCAUUCCAUAAUUCACUCGGCGCUCGGACCGUAGGCCGAUCUUGGAGGCUCCCUCCCAGUCGUAGAAAUUGGACCGAGCAAUCCGUACUCCUCCACCUACGCUCCUGCCUCCAUCUGGUUUUGAUAUUGGUUGCUGAAUCACAACUCGAACAAAUAUAUACAAGUCAUUGUUGGAAUUGGUGGUUGCGCAUCAUGAGUGCCGGCGGCGGUAAUCAGUUGAUCUCUGUUCUUCCCGAGGAGCUCCGAUUUCAAUUUGAGCUGGAAAAACAAAGCUUUUGUGACCUAAAAGUCAGCAACAAUACAGAAAACCAUGUUGCUUUCAAGGUUAAAACCACUUCCCCUAAGAAGUACUUUGUACGGCCCAACACUGGCAUUAUACAAGCUUGGGACUCAUGUGUCAUCAGAGUCACCCUCCAGGCCCAACGAGAAUAUCCUCCAGACAUGCAGUGUAAAGAUAAAUUUCUCCUACAGAGUACAAUAGUGCCUCCAAAUUCUGAUAUUGAUGAACUUCCACAAGAUACUUUCACCAAGGAAAGUGGAAGGACAGUAGAGGAGUGCAAGCUUAGAGUUGUGUAUUUAACUCCUGGUUCAGGUCAAGGAAAUGAAGAUGGAGCUUCUAUGCGUGGUCUUGAUACCAAUUCUAAUCAGACUUUCCAGCGCCUGAAGGAAGAAAGAGAUUCAGCUGUUAGACAAACACAGACACUUCAACAAGAACUGGACAUACUGAAGAGGCGGAGAUACCGGAAAGGUGACCCAAGCUUUUCCUUCACCUUCGCAAUUUUCGUGGGACUUAUCGGACUCAUGGUUGGUUUCCUCUUGAAUCUGUCACUGUCUUCACCACCCAUAGAAGUUUCACCAUCCACAGAAUCUUCACCACUAAUGGAUCCACCAUUAAUGGAUUGACGUUAUUCAGAACAUCAUCAUAUAUCUUCAUGACAAAAUUCAUUGUAUAAUCCCUCUGGGCAUUCUGGUUGAUGGAAAGUUUGCUUUACUUCAAUUUCUUCUUCUUUUGUAUAUUGAUGAUUGUUGCAAAUUUGCAUCGUGAUAGUUGAUUUAUUAUAAAUAU